AUGAAGUCGAUUCGUUGCCUGACUCUGAAGCACGUGGACACCAGCCACUUGAGCUUCGAGUAUUUGGAUUCCAUCACGCCGCAGCUGCACGAGUUUACGCUCUACCAGCACUAUCACCUCUCCCGCGGGCCCCUCUUUGGCUCCCACAGCAUGAAAUUCUCCUUGCCCAACGCCCGCCUUCUCCGCUUCCGCUUCGCCAGCAACGAGCUCAAGCUCACUCUCACCGUCUCGCCCGCACUCAAGACCCUGUCAGUGAUGGCCAAGUGGCUCGUGCUCUCUUGCAAGAGCAGCUCCCCUCUUGCUCUCGACCACCUCUCGCUGUACGGCCAGGAGCGACUCAUAAUCUCCUCCCUCCGCCUCGCAUCUGCGCGAGCCGUGUACCUCAACGGGCCGGCCAGUGAUGAGGAGUCCAGCUGCCCUGGGAUCUCUUACCAGCUGCCUCUCGAAUGGCAGCACGUUCCAUACGGCAUUUCCAGCUUUUCCUGGACCAAAUGGCUGCGCUCUAUAGCGCAAAACGUGGAGGUGCUUGUAGUGAGGCAUGGGAUUCCAAUCCACGAGGUGGGUGUGGUCUGGAGGAACCUGCGCAGCCUUGGGAUUGUCAUGCAUGCGGAUGGGCCGCACAAUGAGGACUGGGAGGCAACUGUGGAGAAUUACAGGGCGUUCAGGGAUGAUGGGGAGUAUGAUGAUGAUUUGGAUGAGGACGGUGGCUUUGGUGGUGAUUAUGACGACGAGGAGGAUGAGGAGGAUGAGGAUGAUGAUGAUGAUAAAGAUGACGAGUACGAGGGGGGGGGUUAUGGAGGAAGAGGGGGAAGAGGCCGCAAGCAGAAGAAAGAGAAGGUUUGUGCCAAGCCGCCUUCCAUCGGCGCUCCGAAUCUGCGGUUCCUCUUCUUCCCCUCUAGCAAGGCGAGUGACGCCACCACACUGGCUGCACUGCGGCAGGACUGCCCCGCCCUGGCGCUCUACUGUGUGGUGGACCGCUCUUACUACUGGGAGAGGAAGGGGGUGUCUGUGAGGAAUGGGCCGCUCGAGCAUGUGAGGCGAGCCAAGAGCGGACUACGAACUCGAUCCCCACCUGGUGCCUCCGCUGCGUCUGGCGCCGCAUCUGCCGCCGUAUCCGGCGCGGUACCCGGGGGCGCAGUUGCCGCUCGAUCCGCCGCUGGCAGCGCGUCAACCACUCCGGGGCUUCGCAGCGGCAGAGGCGGCAGGGGGAGGGCGGUAGCGGCUCGCGCGAGUGGCGGCAGUGGUGCGGGUGGGGCGGAGUCAGAGUCAGGGGGAGCCGGGGGAGGCAUGGUGCUGGCAGCUGUGCUGGUGGCGUGCAUUGGCGCAUUCGCGUUCGGUUACCACAUCAGUGUCGUGAACGGACCGCUGGAUCACAUCCUAGUCAGCAUCGGCGCCCCUGGCAACUCCCUUGUUGGAGGCUGGGUGGUGAGUGCAUCGCUGCUCACAGCAGCGUGUGGAGCGCUCUCAGCCGGCUGGCUCGCAGACUCUGUGGGCCGGCGAACCACCUUCCUGCUGCUCUCGCUGCCCCUCGCACUCGGGAGCGCGCUCAGUGCCACAGCGUCAUCAGUGCCGCAGAUGCUGGUGGGGCGUGCGCUCACAGGGUUGGCCUUUGGCGUCAUCUCCUGUGUCGUACCGGUCUACAUCUCCGAGAUAGCGCCAGCAUCAGUGAGGGGGCGACUGGGGUCGUUGAACCAGCUGGCCAUCUGUGUCGGCAUCCUUGCUGCGCUGCUGGCCGGCCUGCCCCUCGCUGCCAACCCCGCCUGGUGGCGGCAGAUGUUUUGGAUUGGAGUGGCACCAGCGGCCGCCCUGGCUGCAGGCAUGCUGUGGGCGCCUGAGAGCCCCAGAUGGCUCGCUAAGGUGGGCAGGAGCGACGAGGCAGAGAGGCAGCUGAAGCGCCUGCUGGGUCCGUCCCAGGCUGCAGCAGCAGCAGCUGAGCUCUCCUCCUCUUCCUCCGUGCCUCAACCUGCCUCUGCCAAGGCAGCAGCAGCAGCAGUGGAUGGGUUGGAGCAGGCAGAGGCAGGUGUGGCGAGGAAACGAGUGGACGAAGCACCUGCUGCUCCGUUUCUCACCCUCUUCUCAAAGCGCUACCGCAAAGUGGUGCUGCUGGGCAUGGCGCUGUUCGCAGUGCAGCAGUUCGCGGGCAUCAACGCCAUCAUCUACUAUUCCUCCUCUGUCUUCCGCUCCGCCGGCAUUCAAUCCGACGUUGCUGCCAGCGCCCUCGUGGCCCUGGCUAACGUGCUAGGCACGGCAGUAUCGCUGAACCUCGUGGAUCGGAUGGGCCGCAAGAGCCUACUUAUGGGUUCCUUUACUGGCAUGGGCUGUUCGAUGCUGCUUCUAGCCCUCACCCUCUCCUUCCCGCCACUCCAGCCAAUAGCAGCCCCGCUCUCUGUGCUGGGAACAGUCGCCUACGUACUCUCCUUCGCCAUGGGGGCUGGUCCCGUGCCCGCCCUACUCCUCCCCGAGAUCUUCCCCUCCAACAUCCGCGCCUCUGCUGUGGCAGCAGCGCUCACCACUCACUGGCUCUGCAACUUCGUUAUAGGCCUCUCCUUUUUAGGGUUUGUGAAGGUGGUGGGUGUGGCGGCGGCGUAUGUGGGGUUUGCGGCAGUGUGCUUUGUCGGGGUGGUGUUUGUGCGCGCGUGUGUGGUGGAGACCAAGGGGCGGAGCUUGGAGGAGAUUGAGAGGGAGCUGAUUGGUAGUGACGCUUAG